AUGCCAUGUGGGGAUUCAUCCCGACGGACAAAAGUACCGAAGGGUUACAGAGCUGUAACUGGGCCACGGGGCUGGCCAUUAAUAGGAAAUGCCUUACAGAUGGGAAGUACACCGCAUCGCCAGAUCCAGCGCUGGGCAGAUGAGUACGGCGAACUCUUCAAAAUCCAACUCGGUUGGGAGAAUUGGGUCUUUGUCAACAGUCCCGAGGCUGUUCGCGAGAUCUUCGACAAGCAAUCAGCAAUCACAUCUGGGCGAGCGCCGAUGCCCGUGGCGGCUGAUCUUCUUUCAGGCGAGAAUAGACUUCUUUUUCUCACGUAUGGCCAGAAGUGGCGCAAGAUGAGGGCCAUUGUCCACAAGCUUCUCACACCAAAAGCUUCGGAUGCAUAUAAGCCUAGCCAGGAGUUCGAAGCUAAGCAGCUCAUUUUCGACAUUGCGACAAAUAACCAAGAUCAGACGAGCUUCUAUAUGCACGUCCGCAGAUAUACGACUUCAGUAGUCUUGACGAGCACAUAUGGGCGCCGUGUUCCCAUCUGGGACUGCGACGACGUCAGCGAAGUAUACGACGUCAUGAAAGAUUUCUCUGAUGCUGCAGCGCCUGGAGCGUUUGUUGCCGACCUCUUCCCACCGCUUGCCAGGAUCCCAGUGUGGCUUCAAUGGUGGCGGCCGCGUGCUCUUCGGGCGUACAACAAGCAAAAGAAGACGUGGAUGAAAUACUGGAACAGGCUCAAGGCGGAAGUGGACGAGAAGAGGGCACCGGAGUGCUUUGUUAAGCAGUUUCUGGAGAUGGAUUUCGAAAAGCAGGGCAUUACUGAGGUGCAAGCAAGUUUUGUUGCUGGUUCCAUGAUCGAGGCAGGAUCGGAGACCACGUCGUCGGCCCUGAACAGUUGCAUUCUCUACCUCUCGGCGUAUCCUGAAAUCCAGGAAAUUGCAAACGACGAGCUGUCACGAGUCAUCGGCGACGACCGUUCGCCCACAUAUGACGAUGAAGGCGAUCUACCAUACAUCAGAGCAAUAGCCAAGGAAAUACUCCGCAUCCGACCGGUGACUACGAUUGGGACCCCCCAUUACACCACGUCGGAUGUGAUUUACAAGGACAUUUUUAUCCCAAAGAACACGGUCGUGUCGAUGUCGCAGUACACACUGCAUUUCAACCCCGACAGAUGGUCCAAUCCUGAGAAGUUCGAUCCAUCGCGCUACCUAGCCUAUCCUCACAAAUCCGGCGUGUACGCGGCGUCGGGAGAUGCCAGGGGCCGCGACCAUUUCGACUUUGGCGCCGGCCGGCGUAUAUGCCCUGGCAUGCACCUGGCCGAGAACAGCCUGUUCAUCACGCUGGCCAAGAUCCUGUGGGCGUUCAAGAUCGAGCCUCCGCUCGACGAGAGCGGGAACAAGCUGCCGGUUGACCUCUCAGAUGCAGCGUAUGAAGAGGGCGUCAACACGCUGCCGAAGCCGUUCAAGACUCGGUUCGUUCCGCGCAACGAGAGACGGUCGGAGGUGUUGCGAGCGGAAUGGAGCCAAGCGCAGAAGGACGGCUUUUACCUGGGCAAGGUCAAGGUGGAUGUCCGUGGCAUGGUUGUGGCAUGA